AUAGACAGGGCAUGUUAUACUGGGGUGUUAGAAAGGGAGAAGAGCAUAUAUGUUUUGAGGAAUUUGAAAUAGUGAAAGUUACACAAUAUGUCAAGGAAUAUGCUUGAUAGUCUGACAAUGUUGAAUAUGGACAGCUGUGGCUAAACUUCAUAUAAUCAAUACUAGAGUGAUAUUCCAUUUGUUUUGUCUCUGUAAUUCUAGGAAGGACAGCAGAGAGUCUUCUGUAAAGGUUUUAUUUUCUUCUUGCUGCCUGCUAUAAAGCUAAGCUCCAGGAAAAGUAUUGGUGAAAUGUAUGUUCAUGUUGUAUCACUGCCUGGGGCACCAGCACAGGGCUCAAAGGGAAAUCCACAGUGUCAGCAUGUACUAGACUUUUUUUUUUUAAUCUGAGGGGGUUAGGGGAAAAGAUACUCAUAUACUCUCUUGAUGGUUUCCUUCUUUAUUAUUCUGUGUUCUUCAUUCUGUUUUCUAUAUUUUCUUUUCUUAUCUCCAUGCAGAAAUGUCCCUUCUGUCUCUCUUGAGGUUUUCCUUCUCCUGCUAACUCUCUUGAUGUUUUCUUCCUAAUUCUCUCAUUCUUGAUAUUUCCCUUCUAACUCUAUCUUUAUUAUUUAUAUUUCCCUUCUAACUCUCUCAUUCUUGAUGUUUUCCUUCUAACCCACUUUAACUCUACCUUUAUUCUUUCCCUUACAGCUUAUAUACCCCAGGAAAAUCUUUCAGGCAAUAUAAAAAUUACAAUGUGGUUGCAUCCUGUUUUUCAAGUGAAUGAUUACAAUAAAUACAAAUUAAAAAAGCAUGUUUUCCAUAUCUCUUACAUGAUUAAACAUUUUAUGUAUUAUAGGUGAAAAGAACAAGUUAUCUCAAAAGAAAAGAUUUCAGUUGUCUUGUGUUCUGCUGAUGUCUUGUUGAGCAAUACUUUUCAAAGAUCCUGGUCAAAUAGAUCCAGGGUCUUUUAGAAACAUCAAUGGCAAGGAUAUUUUCAGACUGAAACAAACCAAUAUUUAUGUAACAAACCUAGGACAGAUUAAAAAAAAAAGAACUUUAUACUCAGACAAAGUGUACUUGGCUAAUGAUUUAACUUUAUUGUGAUAUCAAUGAGAAUGGAUUUUCUCCACAUGAACUACAUGAACAAGGAGAUUCAGAACGUUAAGGAGAUUUCAAUGUAGUAUCUAGGAAAAUGAAAAUAAACAAGGUAUCAGAGAGUUUGGAUGUACAUUGAAUUAAUGUCUCUAUCCCUUGGACUGGGAAGCCAGAACACAUCAUUUCAGUUCAGAUUGUACACUCCCUUUUAAAAAUUUUGGUAAUUGUGUUGUUUGGGAAUUAUUUUUGUAAUAAUUUCAAUGAAGGAAUAAAGAAUUUGACAGGUUCUCUGUAGUGUCCCCCGCCACCUCAAUGUGUAUUGUAAAUGGGUAUAUUAGUUAUAUUUCUGUCACUAUAACAUAAUAUCCAAAUAAUAAAACUUAUAAGGAAAAAGGUUUAUUUUAGGUCAGUGUUUUCUAGGUUUCAGCCCAUGAUCAGGUGACCAGCCUCUGAUGGUCAGACCAGAUGGGAAUGGUGAGAAGUGAAAGGCAGAACAAAUUCACAUUCAUUACAAGCUGGGGAGUAAAACUGAGAGGAAGAUGGCCAGGCUUCCAUAGUUCCCUGGAUGGCACAUCUCCAUGGAGCCAGAGACCAUCCCCCCUUAGCUUGACUCCACCUUUAGAAGGUUCACAGCAUCUCCCAAUGGCACCUCCAUAUGAUCAGAGCUUUAGACGUGGCCCUCUAGACAUGUUCAACAUAGAAACUGUAGUUGUAGAGCCUUAGUGAGUUAAAGACUUUGAUAUGUAGUGGUUGAAGCGCUGGAACUGGUAGCCUGGGCUCCAAUGGAUCAGGGACAAAGGAAGAGACUGAGAGAAAUGACACAAUGAGAAGUGAAAAUACUCAAACUCUUUCUGAGCUUGAGGAGUAUGUAUCAGAGCAAGGCAGAGACAGAGGGAUUAGAACUGCAAAGUCCUUAGGAUAUGAGAAGUGUAUGUACGUGUGAUAGAAGAGAUGGGGUGGUGUGGGAAAGAGAUUAUAGCUAUGACUGAGUCACUGAAAACUGAUUUGGGGGUGUGUUGUUCACUUGCUGAGAUUAGUUGAGGGUCAAAUUUUUGGUGAAAAAUAAUCAGUCUGAGGCCAAUGCCUUAGAAAUUUGUGCAAGAGAGAUGAAGUAGUUGAUGAGAAAUGUAAGGAUUAGUGCAGUCAGUUGUAGAAUGAAUGCUUUGGUACUGACUUUGUGGACAGGAGAACGGGAGCCUUGACUCCAAACCAUAUGGUAUAUGAAGCCUCUGAGGAUGGAGUUGGGGUGAGCUUUCAUGUAACAGUAACUUCUUUUUUAAAACUCAAGUUUAAUUAAGUAAACAGAGGCACAGGGAGGGGACUUGUCUUAAAGAGGUCUCUGUCUCUCUCCAGUCCUUCCCUCCUUUUCUCCUUACCUUUGUCCUCCUUUCCUUCUCUUCCUCUCUCAUCAAAGGAAGAUUCCAGAAAACAUAAAAGGAUGUAGGGAGGUACAGGAAAAGUUGAAUCGGGAAGCUUUCAUCAAGUGAGGAUGGAUUUGGAAUUCGGGAGGUGACUGGCAUUUGGUUGGUCAUUUUUAUUUUCCACAUCUCCUUAGGUAAGGUUUAUCACUAUCAGUAUGAUUAAAGAUACAUUAGGAAGCUGAACACACUGAUGUAUACCUAUAAUCCCAUCACUUGGGAGGCUGGUAGAGGCUACUAGUUGAAUUUAGCCUGGACUACACAGAAAUUUUGAGGCCACCUUUGGCUACAUAACAAGUGUGUGUAUCAAAAACCCCAAACCAAAAUGCUGUGAGAAACUAGAUCCUGGGGCUGGGGAGACGACUCAGUUAGUGAGGUGCUUGCCACUGAAGCAUACAUCCCUGAGUUUGAAUCCUCACUCCCCAUGUAAAAUCCAGGUAUGGCGGUGUGUACUUGUAACUACAGUGCCAGGGAGGAAGAGACAGGCAAGGGCUUGCUGGUCAGCAAAUCUAGAAGAAUCAGUGAGAUUCAAGUUUUCAGACCUAAGACCCUGUCACAGAAAGUAGGGUGCAGAGUGAGUUAAGACACCUAACAUAGACAUGAGUGCAUCUGCUUGGACACAUGCACACACACACACACACACACACACACACACACACACACACACACACACACACACAUCCUUAUACCAACCACUGUAUCUCACUCUGUAGCCCAGGCUGGCCUCGAACUCACAAAGAUCCACCUGCCUCUGCCUCCCGAGUGCUGGGAUUAAAGGCGUGUGCCACCACCACCGCCCGGCCAGUAUUUUUAUAAAAACCAGAAAUGACAUAAAAAUUUUGAUUCUGAGUCACGUAUAUAUAAGAUGAAGGGCCUAGUUUAAGAGCAGACACAGAAUGACAAGUAUAAAAAUGAGUAGGAAAGCAAACAUUUACUUGGUACAGUUUAUAAAUUUGAAAAGUCAACAGCACCAUAGGUAUAAUGGAAUUUGACCCUCAUCAAUGUUUAUAUUGAUCUGGGCACACCUUUACCAUAUGUAUUCUCUCAUGUUUAUUUACCUGUUUUAGGUAGGGUCUCACUGUGUCACCAGGGCUGGCCUUCAACCCACAAACCUCCCUCCUUGAGUUCCAUCUACAAGUGCUGUGACUGUUCAUAGGUUUAGCAAUUGAUUUUUCCAAUCUCUUCCCUUAUGAAAAUUACUUCACUGUACUUUCUCCUGGGGGAGUUAAAAAGCAGUUCUCAUUCUACUAUGAUAAAUAUUUAUUCUGUAUUCCUGAUAGUUUAGGAAAAAAACAACUUUCCUCUCCAGAACAUAUGAUUGGUAAUGAGAAAAAAAAAUAUAUUACCCAUAUAUUAUCCAAUUUCAGAAAUUCUGUUUUUGUUUAUGAGGUAUGAUUGGUGACUUGUAUUAAGUGUAUUGUGAGGCCUCCUUAGGGUAUUUCUAGAGGCCUGCAAUGAGGAUCCCCAAAGCAUGAACUUUGUUAACCUCGGAUCAGUCUGGUUUGUUUCAAUGGGUAUUACAAAUGCCGCUUUCCUUCUCUUGUUUUCACAUAGGUUUGGUUUGUAUAAGUUAGUUGAAACUAUGAUGAAGUCUUAAGACUUUUUCUCUCAGAAUAACAAGAGAACUUUAGCUGGGCGGUAGUGGCACAUGCCUUUAAUCGCAGCACUUGGGAGGCAGAGGCAGGAGGAGCUCUGUGAGUUUGAGGCCAGCCUGGUCUACAGAGCGAGUUUCAGGAUAGGCUCCAAAGCUGCACAGAGAAACCCUGUCUCGAAAAAAAAAACAAAAACAAACAAACAAACAAAAACAAAACUAGAGAACUUUAAUUUAUUCAAUAUAAAACCUUGCACACAAUCAUAGAGACCCCAUAAAGUUUACUCGUGUUUCUAUUACAAGUUUCUGCACUAAAUUGAUAAUAUAUAUUCAUUUUCUAUAUUUUGAUCCCCCCAGGUCUGGCACAACAUUCUGUACUUUGUAUUCUCUAAAUACAUAAAUCCUUUUUUUUUUUAAAUGAAUAAAGACAUGGAUGUGUUGCCAGUGAGACUGUAUGUCAGCUGCAGAAAUUCUCCAUUUUCAAAAGUAUAUGUUUUUGAAACUGAAAUUCUUCCAUAGCAGUCCUAAAAUACCAUACAGCCAGUGCUUGGGACUUUAAACUGCAUGUGUUCUCAUUUUCCUUUUGGAGACAUUUCCUUUUGACAUUUCUAUUUUCUCCAGGUAACUGAUAACAUAUUCUUCCUAUAUCCUUACAGGCAUUUCAUGAAUUUUCCCCCUUCCAAAAUUAUAAUUAGAGACAAAUCCAUUUUAAAUAACAUUCAUUUAUAAUCUAAGGUGUUCAACCACAUCUCUCUACUUUUUCAUGGUUUAUAGAAAUAUACUGGGUAUUACAGAAGAUGUUAAAAUGAACGUUAUGAACCCUGUAGUUAAGGACCUUGCAAUGUACUACAUACAGAUAAAGGAGAAUCCAAUGAGGAGACAACAAAUAAAGAGCAAUUCAUGUAAAUUCCAAGACUAGUGCAAAUUUAUACUGAUUGUUGAUUAUUUUUCCUGUUUCCAGUUUUAGCCACCAGGUGGAACACUAUCAAUCGUUAUGCAAAGGCACCCAAAUGUGAACUAAUACUAUUAGACAAAUCAAGAUGGAGACUCAUUCUACUCCUGAUUCUGCUUUAACUUUUUAUUAUAGAUUUUUCAUAGCACCUGUAAGGAUUAAGCUAAUUGUAUAAGUACUUAUCUUCAUACUUUGGCAGUUAUACGGCCAAUAUUAUCUUCUCUACCCUCGCCCCGGAACUUUUUGCUCUAUUUAUUGAAACCAAAUCCAAAAGCACUGCCCUGACUCGUCAGUCAAUAUUUUCUCACUUGAAUGUCUCACCUUAUCCAAUGAUUCUUUUCACUUCCAGCACUGUGCUCUGAUGGUCCAACUCUGCGGUGCACCAUCUCUAAAGGUCACCACUGCUCUCUGAUCAGCUCCAGGGGAAGAGCCAGAACAGGAGUGUCUCACACCCAGUCUUUUUCUGCUCUGGGCAGAUGGCUUCAUAAUAUUAGAUGCAGAUGCUGGAGCACUCAUGAGAGUCACUCUUUUGCUGCUCUGCUUUAAGGUGUUUCUGUCCCCUAUUGACCUCUCCCAGACUGGGUCCACUCAGUACCUCAGUUCGCCAGAAGUGGUCAUCCCCCUAGAGGUGACCAGCAGGGCCAGAGGUACAAAAAAUUCAGGAUGGCUCUCCUACAGCCUGAUUUUGGGGGGCCAAAGACAUGUUGUCCACAUGAGAGUCAAGAAGCUGCUGGUUCCUACUCACUUCUCUGUGCUCACCUACACAGAGGAACAUACCCUUCUCAAGGAUUACCCCUUCAUCCCUAGUGACUGUUACUAUCAUGGUUUUGUAGAGGGGGCUCCUGAGUCUUUAGUUGCGUUAAGUACCUGCAGUGGGGGGUUUCAGGGAGUGUUACAAGUGAAUGGCUUCUCCUAUGAAAUCGAACCCAUCAGGCAUUCCAGCACGUUUGAACACCUAGUUUAUACAGUAAAUUAUAACAAGACACAGUUUCCACCUAUGAUAUGUGGUUUAACAGAGAAGAGAACACCAUACCAACGCUUUGGACUUGAAGAAGCUGAGAAGCCAGCUGUGAAGCAAAAUUCUGGAAAAUCAUGGACCCACACAUGGUUUCUGGAGCUGGCUGUAGUGGUAGACUAUGGUUUCUUCACUUACUCUCAACGCAAUUUGUCAAAGGUGCAAGAAGAUGUGGUUCUCAUUGUUAACAUGGUGGAUUCCAUGUACAAGCAGCUGGAUACCUAUGUGUCUUUGAUUGGCAUUGAGAUUUGGAAUCGAGGAAAUGUUUUCCCAGUGGAAAACAUUUAUCAGGUCUUAGAAGAUUUUUCUGAGUGGAAACAAAUCAGUCUUUCUCAGGUACCUCACGAUGCAGCCCACAUUUUCAUCAGAAGCUCAUUUAUAAGUGUACUUGGCAUAGCCUAUGUUGCAGGAAUAUGUCAUCCUCCACUUGACUGUGGGGUUGAAAAUUUCCAAGGAGACUCCUGGUCUCUUUUUGCCAACACUGUGGCCCACGAGUUAGGUCAUACUUUUGGUAUGCAGCAUGAUGAAGAAUCCUGUACUUGUGGGGAAAGAGGUUGUGUCAUGAGUGCUUUCAGAGUGCCAGCGGAGAGAUUCACCAACUGUAGCUAUCAUGAUUUUGUGGAGACUACUUUAAACCAAGGAACUUGUUUGCACAAUCAUCCAAGACCAGGGGCAGUCUUUCUGGUGAAGCGCUGUGGGAAUGGUAUGGUUGAGAAAGAAGAGGAGUGUGACUGUGGAUCUAUACAUGAGUGUGAACAGGAUCCCUGUUGUUUGUUGAACUGUAAACUGAGGCCUGGGGCUGCAUGUGCUUUUGGGCUUUGUUGCAAAGACUGCAAACUCAUGCUAUCAGGGGAACUCUGUAGACCGAAGGUCAAUGAAUGUGACCUUCCAGAAUGGUGCAAUGGAACAUCCCACCAGUGCCCAGAAGAUGGCUAUGUACAGAAUGGGGUCUCCUGUGGUGUCAGUGCCUACUGCUAUCAAAAGCAGUGUAAUAACCAUGACCAACAAUGCAGGGAGAUUUUUGGCAAAAGUGCAAGAAGUGCAUCUCCUAAUUGUUACAAAGAAAUGAACUCACAGGGAAACAGGUUUGGCCACUGUGGCACAAAUGGCACAAUAUACCUAAAAUGCAGAAUGUCAGAUAUAUUUUGUGGGAAAGUCCAGUGUGAAAACGUGGAAAAUAUUCUCCAUCUCCAGGCUCACUCUGUUUUGCAGAGCAUUUAUGCCGAUGGUGCCACCUGCUGGAGUACUGACCAUCAUUUGGGGAUGGGUGUACCGGAUGUUGGUGAAGUGAAAGAUGGCACCACCUGUGGAGCAGGGAAGAUCUGCAUACACAAGAAGUGUAUCAGCCUGUCUGUCCUUUCAAAUGCCUGCCUUCCUGAGACCUGUAAUAGGAGGGGGAUCUGUAAUAACAAACAUCACUGCCAUUGUGACUAUGGGUGGUCCCUGCCUUUCUGCCUGCACAGGGGCUAUGGAGGUAGUGUUGAUAGUGGUCCAACAUCGCCAAAAAGAAGAGUCGAUAUUAUUGAAUUGUCAGUAAUUUUGACUGUUUUGUCUAUUUUAACUUGUCUGUUAAUAGCUGGACUUUAUAUACUAUAUCAUUGAAUACCUUCUGGUCCCAAAGAGACUAAGGCUUGUUUGCCUGGUUAAGAAGAUAUAUCUAACUUAACAGCCUAUACAUUAAGUUUGGCAACAAAAUAUUAUUGUAUGUAUGAAUCUAAGCAUAUUUCUGAGACUUAUAGAAAGAUGAGAGUAUCUUUCCCUUCAUCAGUAUCAGAAAUAUUGUCAUCAGGUACAGGUAAUUCUUAAUGUGUUCUUAGCUGUUGUUCAUUAUCUUAAGCAGCAAAUAAAACUUAAUUGAGAAAUGAUAAUAUCUAACCCACCCAACUGUUUGGAUUUAUUUAGCAAACAAAAGUGAAGAGCGAAUCUUUAAUUGUUGUUCCUUUCAUUAAAAAUUCAUGACCUUGUUUUCCACGUGUCUGCUGGCCUAGCUUGUCUAUUCUCUUUGCCAUUAUCUGGCAGUUUAGGAACCCUUUUGGAGACUUUCUGUGAAUAUACACAAAUCCCAUGAAAUAGGAUUUUUUUUUUAUGUUUUGUUCAUUAUCUUUUUCUGCACACUGCCCAAUUUGAACAAACAUCUGAAUGAAGUGGAAUAUUAAUUGCAUAAAAUAUAGAAUUAGUAGAAAAAGGAUACUUGUUUAGUCACCUUGGAGAUGUUACUCUGGCUAUCUGUUCAAACCUACUAGAGUUUCUGUUCAAACUUCAACUUUGAAUACUCACCCCAUUUAUAUAAAAUGCUGCUGUGUAUACCAGGGGUACUUGGCUGGUCUUUUGUGCCUACCCUGUCCCAUCCUUAGUCUGUUCUUAGCAUUUUAAAGAGCCCAUCUCUUGAAAACAUAGAUCUAAUUAGGCAGUCAUCAUAUCUCAAGACAACAUCUGAAUAACAUUGAGUCAACUGACCUUUCUGGUGUCCUUUUCCUCCUGUAGUAGUUUUCAAAGUAUGUUUGGCUGUGUCAUCCUUGAACAGCUGUCUCUGUGUAGAACUGGCACUCCAAAAUCUUUACGAGCUUUUGCCAUGCCUUUACCCUUGGGAACUCCAUUCUAUUUCCCAAAGAGAUUCAGUCUUUGGAAAAUAAUUGAUGAACUAUUUGAUAUUUCACUUGUGUCCCCUUGUUAUUUUAUGGUCAUGUCUUAGUAAUUUUCUGCAUCCCAGUAGAUGAUGAGGACCAGGGUAGACCAUGUACCAUCCAGAGUCACAAACAAGAAAAGGACAACUGGGGAAACCAUAGAUACUGAAGAGUGAAGCAAGAUUAUAAUCUGGUUAACCUUGGCUAUAGAUGAUACAAUAGGAAAAGGCUUACUUGCUUUAAGUGUAUAUGUGUCCAGAUGGAGACAAAAGGUAGUUCUAUCAUUUGUUAAUUUUCAAAAAAAUUUAUUACAUAAAUAUUUGAAAUUGAUUAAAAUGUAUUAAUCUAAUGUUAUUUUAAUUGCAGACUCUUGUAUGUAUGCUUGGUACUACUUUGAAAUAAUCAAUGGAGCAAGCUGACCACAGACUUAUGGUACAAAAAGUAAAAAUAAAAAAAAAAAACCAAAAAACAAAGAAACAAAAAACAAAAAAAAGAAAAACCAAAAUAAGUGACUCAAGUGUUAGUAAUUUAAACUAUAACCCUAGGAUGUGAAUGUUCUUGGAAGGACUGGGAAAUGGAGGAGCCACGUGCAGAAACCCAGAAAGAAUGAGUUAAUAGGUGGUCCUUGAGGUCAUACUGGCUUCUGUUUGUUUUGAAUAGGUUUUGAACGGAUCUUGCCAAGAAGGCCAAGAGAGGGUUGUUUAAGUCAUUGAGAGUGUUGUCCAUGGGAGGAAUUGAUAAAGUUCCUGUGAGACCCUGGUUAGAGGGUUGCUAUAAAACAUUGAAAGUGAACCUCCUUGGUGUCUGGCUUCUCAUCUGAUUUCUCCUUUUUGCAUUUUUGCUUGUUUUCUCAUCACCAUGCUAUCGUCCACGAGGUGACUCAGCAAACAUAAGAGGCUAUGUCAGUGGGUUUGUCCAAUAUCAAACAUUUGGCCCCAAUAUUGUGAGAAAAAUAAACAUCUGUGCAAGCUACCUAGCCUCAGAUCAUUUGUUAUAGCAAUGGAGAAUGAACAUAUCCAUCAACUUGAGUGGAAGUUUCACUUUCAGUUCAUUUUCAUUUUGGAGCAAAUAUUUUUCUUGCUCUAAAUCCUUGAUUGGAACCAAAUAAUGAACUUCCUCAGUGAGACAGAAGCAGAGAACUGACACCUGAGUUGUCCUCUGACCAUACAUAUAUUUUGGCAUUCAUAUGAAUGUGUAUGCAUGUACACAAAUACACACGCACAAAUACACACACACACACACACACACACACACACACACACACACACCUAUACACACUCAAAAAUAUAUCUAACCCUAGAUAUAAUCUCUAUCUUAUUUUCUUCCCUCCACUGCCAAAUAACUAUGAUAUUAGCUUUUGGUUUAUCUUUUUAGUCUUUAGUUUUAGAAAAUUUAGCAAAUAAUUAUACAGAGUUGAAUCAAUCCUACUUUAAAAAUGGCCACAUAUGCAUCAUGUGUUGGACUGGUUUUUUACCACUUAAGGACAGGUCCUGAAGAUCAUGUGGAAUCACUAUGCAGAGAUCUUCUGGAUACCAUAUUAAAGUUCAUUGUAUCCAUUGUGUUGAAGUACCAUAGUUUGAUCUAUGAUAUCUGGGCAAAUGCUAUAGACUGAAUGGUCUGUGUCUCUUCAGAAGUUGUAUGUUAAAGUUCUAAUUCCCAGUGGGAUAGUAUUUGAAGGUAAGACCUUUGGACACAGUUAGAGCUCUUAUGAAUGGGAUUUUUUUGAGACAGGAUUUCUAUGAGUAGGCCUGGCUGUCUUGGGACUAGCUCUAUAGACCAGGCUGGUCUCAAACUCAGACAUUUGCCUGCUUCUGCCUCCUGAGAGCUAGGAUUAAAGGUGUGUGUCACCAUGCCUGGCUAUGAAUGGGACUUGUACCCAAUGGAUGAAAAAGAUGAUCUCCCUUCACCACAUGAAGGAACAGCAAGCAAGAAGACAUUUGUUUACAAACCAGGGAGCUAUCUCUCACCAGAUUCUGAAUUAAUACAAUGUCUUGAACCUGAAUUCCAUCAGAACUGUGAGAAAAAAAAUCUGUUAAGCCAACAGUCUUCCCUAUAGUAUUUUUAAAGAGUUAUUUAUCUUAUUUUAUGUAUGAGCGUCUUGCCUAUGUGUAUUUAUGUGCACUGUGUGUGUGUGUGGUACCUGUGAAGGUACCUGAGUGUCAGAUCCUCUGGAACUCUCCACCCUCAUCUCUUCAUUUAUCCAGUAACUACACUGAAGUAAUUGUUGCUUAAAUCCAAAUGAACACAGAGAGUUUUGUGGCUUCCCGUAUUUUGCCAUUAUAUGCUACAAACAGCUUUAUAUCUCACAUAAUUUCAAAUUUUGACAGUAUUUUUGGAACAAAAUUCCAGAAGAAGUAUUGCUGGGUCAAGGGUAUUGCACAUUCAUUUCUACUCUUUACCAACAAAUUACACUCUACAGGGACUUUGUACACUGACAUUCCCACAUUUACUGCAUGUGAAGCUAUAUGUAGGUUCCCUAUAAUCUCAUUAACACUGCACUUAGAUUAAGGAGGGCUGAAAAUUCUUUAAUCUGUCUCUCUGUGAUGUAUGGGAUUGGUGUUCCAUCCCUUGAAUCUGUGCUUAUCUUUGAAUAAUUUUACCAAAAUAGUUUGUCAGGCUCAAGCUCAGGAUUUGAGAGGAUUAAAGUCUUGGAAAACAGUUGGACCAUCACAAAGGCUGCCAUGAUAGACAUGAAGGCUUGGACAGUAAACCGUUUUCUUAAUAGGGAGUCUGAGGAGCACGGACACAGUUAGGGUUAUUAGUGCCAUGAUGAAGCACCAUGACCAAAAGCAAGUUGGGGAAGAAAGGGUUUAAUAAUAAGGCUUAUACUUCCACAUCACUAUACAUCAUUGAAGGAUGUCAGGGCAGGAAGCUGGAGGUACGAGCUGAUGCAGAGGCCGUGGAGGAGUGCUGCUUACUGACUUGCUCAUCAUGGCUAACACAGCUGGCUUUCAUAUAAAAUCCAAGACCAGCAGCCCAGGGGUACCACCACACACCAUGGGUUAGGCCCUCCUCAUCAGGCUCUAAUUUUCUACUUAGAGCCAGAUCUUAUAGAGGUAUUUUCUCAACUGGGAUUCACUCCUUUCAGGUGACUAUGGCUUGGGUCAAGUUGAUAUAAAACUAGACAAGGGAUGAAACAGCAAGAAAUAAGACAUGUUAAUGAAAAACUCUGGCAUGAGUGGCUGCAUUAGGUAUUACAUGCACUGGGCACUAGACACCAGAUUCCAUCCAGGACUUUAUACCCACAGAACUAAGAGAAAUAAAAGUUUUCAGAUUAUCUUUUAAAAUUGCAUUUAUUUAGUACACACACACACACACACACACACACACACACACACACACACACACAUGCUAUGGCACACCUGUGGAGCUCAGAGGACAGCCUAUAGGAAGGUCUCUCCUUCCACUAUGUUGGUUCUGGAGAUCAAACUCAGGCUGUUAGACUUGGCAGCAAACAUCUUUAAGUUUUGAGGGAAAUUAUUGGUAGACUGGAAACACUGGUAGACAACUAGAUUUUAAUAUCUCAACUCUUACUAAAUUACUGAAAGCAUGCCAUUAGCUCUGUUUCUGGGAGAAUAUAGAAGGACUCUGAGAAGAUUAGUGAAAAAUGAGGAGGCUCUUGACAAUAAAUGCCAAGGAAAUCUCAAAGUAAAGAAACUCUUACUAGAGCCUGGAGAAAAGGAAUGUACUGGCAGAAAAACAGCCGAGCUGUGGCCUGUGCAUUGUGAAAAAUGCAAAGGUUACUUAAUGAGUUUAUUAAUCUUGAUAAACAAAUCUCUGAGCAUUUACUAAUGACUUCUGAUGUAGCCAGAGGAGAAAGAAAGAAACGAGGAGUUACUCUCUUUCCAAUUACUGUUUAGAGCAGAUAUUUCCAAAACUGGGUUUUAUGGGUUGGAAAAUGAAACAACUCCUCAUCCUUAACUAUCUGCAUAUGGCAAAAGACUCUCUAAUAAGAGUGACUCCGGGAAUAUGUCAAACUCUAUUUUUAUAUGUAGUGUCAGGAAACAUCAAAGGAAUUGCUUGGAGAGUAUUUGUUUAUAUACCUUAAAACAGUUCAGGCACUGCCUCAUAGAACAACUAAAUGCCUUGUAAGAAUAUCUAAGAGUAUACUUUUCAGACUUAAGCAAUGAUUUCUGGUUUAGAUUUUAGGGGUUUAGUCAUCUAGAAGCUUCACAUGAGGUACAAAGGUAGAGAGGAUUUAUAUUGAAGGGAUUUGUGAGUGUGGCAUUUGUCUAAUGGAAUUAACCCCAAUAAGAUAUGAGAGAUUGCUUUUAAAAGAGAGCAUAGCUGGGCCAGGCUAGUGACUGCUUCUCUCUUGUCAGCUGUGCAACACCAUCGAGUACUGUGAGUGAAGGCUGUUAGUACAGGGAGGAGGCUUCCGGGUCAGUUCCCGCUUAAGUCCUUCAAGUUCUGUGUCCAAAUUGUGUGCAACUUCAGCAAUAAGGAUUUACCUUCAAAUUUGGGGAAGCAAUCAGUUUCCUACCCAGCUGUGAUGUCUAUGAAAUAUAGCAAUAAUCAGCAUGGCAAGAACAGUGGUCUUUGGUUAAAAAACAGUUGUCUAAUUGGGACCUAAGACCCACUCGAUAGGAGUGAAUUCAUGUCUGGUACUGUAAACUGAGACAAUUACCCAUGGAUGGUGAGACCAAGGACCCUAAACCAGUAUAAUUUCUAACUACAUCCUAAAUACUUACCUUUAGACACACAGAUAAGUGUAGCUCUUACCUAUUAUCAAAGAAGCUUCUUUUCUGCAGCAGAU